AUGGUUGCUUUCAAGAAUCUCGGCUUUACAGCUCUCCUGUCGCUUGGCCUCGCCUCCCACGGCCUUGCUGCCGAGGAAGCCACCGAUCUCGCCGCCCGAGGUGUAGAGCUCGAUGCCACCGCCGAGCUUGUGGCCCGCUUCCCGGAGCAGGAGAGAGAUGAAGAGGACGAGCUGGAGGCUCGGGACCUACUCGAGGAGGAGCCACUCUUUACUCGCGCAACAAAUAAGCCCAAGGGUGGUGGCUCGCGACCUGGGACUUCGUCACCACCUACGCAUAGGCGAAGGGAUCUCGGGUAUGAUGAGGACUAUCUCUUUGCUCGCGCAACAACAAAUAAGCCCAAGGGUGGAGGCUCGCGACCUGGGACUUCGUCACCACCUACGCACAGGCGAAGGGAUCUCUUUUCUCGCGCAACAACAAAUAAGCCCAAGGGUGGUGGCUCACGACCUGGGACUUCGUCGCCACCUACGCACAGGCGAAGGGAUCUCUUUUCUCGCGCAACAACAAAUAAGCCCAAGGGUGGUGGCUCACGACCUGGGACUUCGUCGCCACCUACACAUAGGCGAAGGGAUCUCUUUGCCCGCUCAUCAAAUAAGCCCAAGGGAGGUGGCUCGCGACCUGGGAGCUCACCACCACCUACGCAUAGAAGGGAUCUCUUUGCUCGCUCAGCAACUAAGCCUAAGGGUGGUGGUUCGCGGCCUGGGAGCUCGCCACCACCUACGCAUAGGCGAAGGGGCCUUGAGUAUGACGAUGAAUAG